AUGGGAAGCGGGGGCGGUGGGCUGUCGCGAGCCCACCUGCUGCUUCUGCUUCUGGCUUCUGCAGAGAGACAAAACCUGAGCAAAAAGCAAAGAAAAGCCAGACUGCAACACCGUGUUGUGCCAGAAGCACAAGCAGCAGCAAGAGGAGGAGUGAGGCUCUCGUGGCUGCCUGUCUACAAUCUCAUCCUCCCAGUCCCUCCUUGUCCUUGCUUCUUCUUCGUCUGUUCUUCUUCCGUCUCGUCUGUCCCGUCCUCCUUUCCUCCUCCCCAUCCUACCCCAAGGUUGCGCCAACUCUCAACCAGCCUGAGCAGGUUUCUACUACCACCUCAAAGACUCUACACUGACUGGCCAGACAUGCACAACAACGAAGAUACGCACAAAUCCUUUCAUGUGCAGUUAGACCCUGAUGUGCAGAUUUGUUUUGGGGACCUUCACAGGCCCUCUCUUAAUGCCCUACUGGAAAAGGAGCUGAUGGAUUUUUAUGAAACUCAUCAUCCCGGGAAGGUGGAUUUGGCCAGCAAAAGACCAGUCUUGGUUCUGCAGAAUGAUGCUCUGUACUCCCAAAGGCGACCGUUUACAAAUGAGGAUGAAGCCUGGAAGUCUUUUCUUGAAAACCCACUUACAGCAGCUACCAAAGCCAUGAUGAGCAUUAAUGGGGAUGAAGACAGUGCAGCUGCCUUGGGCCUCCUAUAUGAUUACUACAAGGUUCCUCGGAGAACAUCAGCAGUGAAACCAGAUGUCGAUCAUUCUGAUCAAGACCAUGGCAAAAGGAAUGGUAUACCAAACAUGACAGAACAGUCGCUCAUCACUGGUGGAGAAAACCGGGUCCAGGUCUUGAAAAAUAUGCCUUUGAAUAUCGUUCUCCCGCACACUUCCCAAAUGGGUGUUGACAAGAGGAGCCACCUGACGACUCCGGACACCACUGUCACAGUCUCCAUUGCAUCCAUGCCCACCCACUCCAUCAAGACAGAAACUCAGUCACACAGCUUUUCCGUGGGCAUCCCUCCAGCAGCUGUCUAUCACUCAGAAACACCUGAUCGGGUGGUGGUUUUAGACAGGAGCCUCAAUGCUGACCAGUUUAGCACUACUACCCCGACCCAGAAUUCCCAGAGGCGGACUCCAGAUUCUACCUUUUCAGAGUCUUUUAAAGAAGGCGUGCAAGAGGUUUUUUUCCCUGCUGAGUUGAACCUCCGGAUGUCUGGCAUGAGUUCUGAAGACUACGUGUUUGAAAGCAUUGCUGGGAAUAACUUUGAAUACACACUGGAAGCUUCUAAAUCCCUUCGACAGAAGCCAGGAGAUAAUACCAUGACUUACCUGAACAAGGGCCAGUUUUAUCCCAUUACACUGAAAGAAAUGAGUGGCGGCGAAGGAAUCCAUCAACCCAUCAGUAAAGUGCGAAGUGUCAUCAUGGUUGUAUUUGCGGAAGACAAAUCAAGAGAAGAUCAACUCAGGCACUGGAAGUACUGGCACUCCAGGCAGCACACCGCCAAACAAAGGUGCAUUGACAUCGCUGACUAUAAGGAAAGCUUCAAUACCAUCAGUAACAUUGAGGAGAUAGCCUACAAUGCCAUUUCCUUCAGUUGGGACAUUAAUGAUGAAGCAAAGGUCUUCAUUGCCGUAAACUGCCUCAGUACAGAUUUCUCUUCUCAGAAGGGUGUUAAAGGACUUCCUUUGAAUCUUCAGAUUGACACCUACAGCUACAACAACAGGAGCAACAAACCUGUCCACAGAGCUUAUUGCCAGAUUAAAGUCUUUUGUGAUAAGGGUGCCGAGAGGAAGAUCAGGGACGAGGAACGAAAACAAAGCAAAAGAAAAGGCAAGUGCACUGACCCCAGCUCCCAGCUGAAUGCCUUUUCUGAUGUCAAAGUGCCCAUGCUCCCAUCCCACAAGCGUACAGACAUCACUAUCUUCAAGCCAUUUAUGGAUCUUGAUACUCAGCCAGUCCUCUUCAUACCUGAUGUUCAUUAUUCCAAUAUUCAGCGUGGAGCUCAUGUAUUUCCUCUUGCAUCUGAUGAACUGGAGGGAGAAGGGAGCUCUACAAUGAAGAGAGGGCCUUACUUAAAUGAAGAUGAUUUUGCUGCCAGCCCAAUUAAGUUAUCACGAAUAGAAGAACCCAAAAGAGUAUUGUUGUAUGUUCGAAAGGAAUCAGAAGAAGUAUUUGAUGCACUUAUGCUCAAGAUACCAUCCCUGAAAGGUCUAAUGGAAGCUAUAUCUGACAAAUAUAAUGUCCCUUUGGAUAAAAUUGGAAAAGUCUUCAAGAAAUGUAAAAAAGGCAUCUUAGUGAAUAUGGAUGAUAACAUUGUGAAGCACUAUUCCAAUGAAGACACCUUCCAGCUACAGAUUGAAGAGGCUGCUGGAACUUACAAACUUACUCUCACAGAGAUCUAAAACCUAUUCUUGUUGUGGCCUCUUGUGGUGGGGAGGGGGGUCUUUAAAUGAAGGUUGUGAACACAAACCUCUCAUUGCUUUUUAUCCUCAGGAUUUAAAAGUGCCUCUAGGGAAGAAGCCAUUUAUUCUUCUGAAGUAGAAUGCCCUUCUGCUCUGUGUGUGUGGGUUGUUUUUUUUUAUUUAAAAAGAAAAACAAGACUGACAUGCAUCCAAAUAUCUGUCCUGUUGGCUGCAAUAUUGCACUCUGAAUAGAUGAACAGAAGGCACGUGUUGAGGAGAAAGAAAAUCAAAACAGCAAAUGCAAACAAAGCACUGUAAAAUGGUUUUUUUAAUGUCACAUUAUCUGUGUCUCCCCUUCCCAUUAAAUUUAUGGGAUAUCCUCAUCAGUUAGUUAUAGACCUGUUUUUCUUCAGUGAGUACAGCUUCAGGAUUCUCACAGAUGCUAAGGGGAGUUCCAGAAAAGGGCAGGACCAGAUUCUUACAAUGUUUACGGUGGAGCAAGGCACAGCGAACCCUGCUACAACUUCUGCUACAACUUCUUAGGGGUGUAAGACUGUCUUGCUUUAUGAAGAACUUACUUUAUGAAUCUCAUUGAUGAGCUGUAUCUGUAUAUAAGUGCAGUAUAUUUUGAAGGGUUGUAAAUAUGUACAUACCAGUCAUCCUUAUAUAAUAUAUAUGUAUACAGUGACAGUCAUAUAGAUAUAUGUUUGGGUGUGUGUAUAAAUGUGCAAUGAAUAAAUGCGGUGAGGUUUCAUAUUUGAAAAAGCGGCCUCAGUUCUAAAUUAAAUUUAUGCUGAGCAUGUUGAGUCUCCUGUAAGGAGCAGCAGCCAAAAGUAAAUUGGUUUCUGUAUAGCAAAUGUAUCUUUAUUGUCAGGACAGGAGUUGGGCCUAGCUCUUUGUCAAGUGAUGAUGCUGCAGUAGUGUAUAAGCCUCUGCAGCAGUAGUAGUAAGAUCUGUUUUCCUUGCAAGGUGCAGAUUUCAGGAGGCGUAGGUCUCCUUGAAGUUUUAAGAGAAAUGUGAGAAACAUUUUACUCUCCAGGUGUAGACAUCAGUCCCUAGAAGCCUAAGCCUGCAUAUGGCCUAUCAUGACCAUUACAGAUGUUGCACCCAAAGCAUCUCUUAAACCAAAGAUUCCACAACCAUAUUUUUAAAAUGUAGCCCUGGUACCUCAGGUUCUCUGAUAAUUUUAACUUCUGAGCCUGGUUUGUGUUUGACACUGUUAUUCAGCCAGCUCAGUUUGCAUGUUGCCUUCAUUGCACAAUGUUAGUUUCAAAUAAUUCUCUUCCUUUCUCUGUGAUUUGAUGCCUUGUAGCUGUGAUCUGUGGUUUGACUCUCUUUAAAUUUGACAUUGUUUGGAUUGUAUAUUGUUUUUAAAACUUGCAAUCUUAGCCAUUUUGAAGGUCUCUUGUGGGGCCAAAAGACAGGAUAUAAAUAUUUUAAAUAAUCAAAUGUCAAUAGUGGAUGAGCCGAAAAGCCUCCAUACAAUUCCAUUUCUAGUGACAUUCAUGCAAUAAAAGUAAUG